AUGAUGCGACAUCGAGUGGAGAUAGACGAAGCCCAUUUCCGACUCACGAGAAAAAUGGAAAAUGGAGCGUAUAAAACGGUGUUUUAUGACGCGAAGAAAAACCCUUUGUGGGAGAUCGUCACACAGGGACAGACGGUCGAAACACCGCACUUGGAAAUCCAGGCCCAAAACCCGGCACAAGAAAGUGGAGUCGGAGAGAUGGCAGAGGCCUCCGUAGCCGAAGCGGCAUCAACGGAGAGUACCCGGCGACCAUCGAAACAGGAGGAUUCAGAAGAGGAGGAAGCUGGUGACGACUCAGCAGAAGAACCGGCCGAUGAAGAUAAGAUGGCCGAGGAAAAUAAGCAGCUUCCAAAAGUGGUCGUUAAACCGAGGAAAACGGCUAAAUUGGCUGAGGCCAUGAAUCGGGAAAGGGCUAAGAAAGGUGACUCUCUAAAGGAACGAAAAGAAGAGGAAGAUAAGAAGAAAAAGAGCGGUAAUGAAAGCGAGGGCACAAGCACCCGGAAGAAAAAGGGGGAGAGAGAGAAGAAAGACGAACCGUCGUCUCAUGAUGUCGAAAUAUUGGACGAAUCAGUCGGUGAAGCGGAAGAAAGGUCAUCUGUACCUAUUAUUCCUAAGAAAUUCGUUAUCGAAUCGGCUACAUCGAAGUUAAAGGUCACCGAGCCUGAGCCGUCAACAUCCAAAGGAAAGAUCAUAGCUGUGAAACAGAUUGUUCCGGUCGUCAUUUCGGCGUCCACUACGAAAGAGCGUAGGGAGAAAGGAACGCGUGAGAAAGGGAAACGGGAGACAUCCCGCGAAUCGGAAGCAUCGGAAGUGAGUCUUCCAAGUACUUCAACGGUUAGUACGAGGUCACACACGGACCCGAAAACGAAUAGAUCAAGAACCGCAGAACCAGGAAGCCUAGCGGAGGCUCUUGAAAAAGGGAAAAAAGCAAAGAGCGAACCCGCAAAGCUGAAAAAGAAAGGAAAAGAGGCCAUGAAAAUCGACGAACUGGCAAUGGCCACUUACAUUGAACCGGACGGUGACAGUGAACUUGAUUACUCGGGAGAUGAAGCGGAAUUUGAAGAUCCCGAUAGCGAUAACUUGACCAUGAUUGACGAAAUCAUUGAUGCGUUCAACGGAGCUGAGAAGAACUUUACACGAAUAAGAACCACAUCAGUAACGUCUAGAUUCAGAACGGGCUUAAAGAAAUAUCUGAGGAAGGAAAAGCACCGUAGUUUUACCAAACAGAAGUUUGAUGUGGUGCGGGAAUACGCUCGGAAUGCGGGAAAACUACUCCAGAAGCAUCCGAAUUUCGCGUAUAAGGCUAAGUUAUUCAGACCGUCAAGUUCGGAUAAGUCGCUGACGACUCCAAAUGAAGACACCUCCAUGCGAGUAGAAAGGGCAAUCGCGGGGAUGACAAGCCCGUUGGGGUCAACGAGUCACCGGAUCAGCCAAUAUAUCAAUGCUGUCUGGAAUGACGGAAAAGGACUGAUAAAGGAGAUCGACUCGGCUACUGAACGCGUAUUGCCAAGGUUGAUAAAACAGAAUAUCCUUUCAACAACGAACGCACAUAAAGGAUAUCCGAUCCGAUACACGAGAGUAGGCCUGAUUCCGCCGGAAAAACAAGCCCACUGUCAUAUGUCCGACAGUCAGGAGACGGAAAAAGUGCCAUCGAGUGGAGACCCGACAACUCCCAUACUGAAUCGGAUCGCACAGUUAACAGCUGAAGAAGCAGCCGCCCAGGCUUCUUCUAAGAAAGCGACGAAAAAGAAAGGACCAAUGGACUCGGACUCGGAAGAAAGUGAAGACGACACUACGACACAAACGCCUCUCGAACCAGCGACAGCGCAAGAUAAACAGUCUAAAGGUCAAGAGACAUCUGGAACUGGAACUGUGACGGAAGAAACCCAACCGAAAGGUCAUGGGACUUCUGAAAAACGGGAGAAAGAAAAGGUCAUGCUCCCGAUGGACAAGGCAGCGGCAGAAGCGGAAGCAGCCUCUGCGCGACAGGUGUAUCAAAAAACAUUGUUCGCACCAUUGAAGGAGGCUUUUGAGAAAGAGCGGCCGAAGUCAGCAGAUGAAGUGGGAGGUCACGAGACUUUACCACAGAAGGAGAAAGCUGAUGAACCGAAAUCUGCUCAGUCAUCAUCUGGCUCAGCGGCAAAACUGAGGAUUGAUGAAACGGAAAUAACUGACCCAACGGACUCGGCAAUAUCCCCCCAGAAAACGGAGACUAGCGGUACAAAAACGAAAGAGCCGACAGAUUACACGUUAGGCGCACCGUUGGAUGUGACUAACCGGACAUGGAGCGAAGUCCAAGCGGCGCUUCAGAACAGUGGAGAAGGCGAAAUGCUUGGCCCAGACUUGAAGAGACGAGUCGCGGAAAACUCGAACGGGAGGUCAUCACUCAGUAUGACCGAGCGAGUCCUCAAACGGGCAUAUAAGGAAGGAAGACUGGGAUGUAAAUACGACAAAGACAACAAGAUUAUUUACUACCUUCCGAAACAGGGACAGGACCGCACGCCCAGAUUGAAAAUGGAAUUGGAGGCAUGGAAGAUAGCCAUCACAGAUGUGGCUUUAGACGCCAUUGGCGGUACCAAUGGAGUGUCAUGGAAUGACCUUUCGAACUUCAUGGCCGUCCAUUAUGAAUUGGGAGAAUUGAAUAUUGAGAACGAUAAAGAAUGGAUCAAGAACGCCGUUGAAGCAUUGAUUGCAGAUGACGUGCUUCAUAUUAACCAGGAUGGCCGAGUUGACUUCAAGCCGUAUAAACCGCCGGCAAAGGAGUCUGAAUGAAUGGGACGAGUGUAAU